CUCCUUGAAAUGUCCCCGAACACGGCUUCCUCUGCUGGCAAGGAGAAAUUGAUCGCAGAUGAGGAAGAGGUCCUUCAAGCUGUCAUUCUAGCAGACAGUUUUAACAAACGAUUUAAGCCGCUAACCACGCAUAAACCUCGAUGCUUGCUGCCGAUAUGUAAUGCUCCAUUGUUAGACUGGACGUUCGAAAGCCUUGCUCUAGCAGGUGUGCAAGAGAUCUUCGUAAUAUGUCGAUCUCAUGCGGAACUGGUCAAAACUGCGAUAAAGAAUUCGAAGUGGUCGAAGCCCGGCGCAGGCCUCAAGAUCGUUCCAAUUGUGACCGCGAAAGAGACGUUCACGCCUGGUGAUGCCAUGCGCGACAUCUACACGCAUGGCAUCAUCACUUCAGAUUUCGUCCUUGUCACUGGUGACCUCGUGAGCAACAUACAUAUUGGUGAUGUUGUACGCGAGCACAAGGAGCGGAGGAAAACGGACAAGGACGCCAUAAUGACGAUGGUAGUCAAACAGAGUGGCGUGAACCAUCGGACGCGUUCGAAAGGUGAUUCUGCGGUGUUUGUCAUAGAUCCAGAGACAUCAAAAUGCCUGCACUAUGAGGCGGUGACUGGGUACCCGCCGAAGAAAUACGCAAGCAUUCCACGCGAAAUUCUGAAUGAACACCCUGAGGUGGAGAUCCGAAAUGACUUGAUUGAUUGUUCUAUAGACAUAUGUUCUGUAGAGGUGCCGUCAUUGUUCCAAGACAACUUCGACUACGGGGAUGUACGAAGGGACUUCGUUCACGGCGUCCUUACGUCUGACCUACUAAUGAAAAGUAUCUAUUGCUACAUCGCUAAAGAGGGUUAUGCUGCUCGUGUUAGGGAUACUCGGAGUUAUGACUCCAUCAGCAAAGACAUUCUUUCAAGAUGGACAUUCCCUUUGGUGCCGGAUGACAACCACCCUGGUGGCCACUCGUAUGAGCACCUGCGAGGAAACAAAUACAUCGCCAAGGAUAAUUCCGUGAUACUCUCUCGGACGUGCAAGAUUGGAAACAACACGCUGAUUGGCUCGAAAUCGCAGAUAGCUGAUAAUGCUCAGGUCACAGCAUCUGUUCUUGGCCAGCGGUGCAUUGUUGGUGCGGGCAGUGUAGUCCGCAACUCUUAUCUCUUCGAUGGCGCAAUUGUCGGACCGAAUUGUGUCGUUGAGCACAGUAUAAUCGGGUCGGGCGUCCAAAUCAAGGAGCACACUCGUGUGGAACGCGGGUGUUUGAUUGCUGAUGGCGUCGUCGUUGGUCCGCAUGCGAGACUUGCGCCAUUUUCAAGAUUGUCCAAGCGGCGGCAGGAUGGUGAUGAGGAAGACGAAGAACAAGAGGUUGCAGAAGAACAAGAUGAUGAAGAAGAACAAGAGGAUGAUGAAGGCGAAGACGGUGAUGACGAAGAUGAGGUCGACUCAGAGCUAGAGGACGUAGAAGCAAACCAAGAUCCCGAAGCUCUUGCAAAACUUGGUCCUGGCACUAAUGCGAUAAUCUGGCCACUGCCAAUUGUUGACGAGGACGAAGACAUCGAUGAGCUGGAACACCCUGAUAACCAGCGCUUGAUGCGAAUAGGCGACGACGCAUCAGAUCUCGUUCUCUCAGACCCUGGCUCUGUCACUUCGUCAGAGUCUGAGUCUGAGUCGGAUUCUGAUGAUGAUGACGAGCGCUUCGACGGCUCCAACCCCGCCUCCUCGACCACUUCACUUCCCCUCAGCACGCCUUCGAAUCUGGUUGCACAGGCAGACUCGGCACUGAUAUCAGAAUUUCAGCAGGAAGUCAAGCAGUCGCUCGAUCGUGCAUUUGCUGAAGGUCAUUCUGUCGACAACGCCGCUGUGGAACUGAAGACGCUGCGUAUGGCAAGUAACGUGUCUCUUCGCCUAGUGCGGGAAGCCGUAAUCGCAGCCAUCGUAAGCCGUAUCAAAAUCAUGGCGGGCGGAGGCGUUCCGCAGCGACAGGAGAUUGCUAGUAUGAUUGCUCGAUGGGGAGGGCUGAUUGACAAGAUUGGAGGGGUUGAUCCGGUGGAGACUGUCGAGAUCCUUCAAGAAUAUUGCGCUUCAUCGGAUCGCUUGCCCCUGUUUGGUCAGAUUCUUGCCGCACUCUACCAGGACGACACAGUUGACGAGAAUGAUAUCCGCGCAUGGCAUGAAAAUCCCAAGUCUCAAGGUCAGGGUGUUAAGCCUACGUCUCUGCAAGACAACUACAAGAAAUGCUGGGUUACUGGAGCCCACAUGAUAAAACAGUUCGAUGAGCAGGAUAGUGAUGAAGAAUCGGAGGAAGAGUCGGACGAGGACAGCGAAUCGAAGGAAGAGAUUCCUGCUGUCAAAACUCCAGUCACAAAGGGGCUACCUUCGGCAGGUGCAAAUUCUUCGGAAGAGGCUUCAUCCGAGGCGAGCUCGAACGAAGAGGACGACGAGGGUAGUACUGACGAGAAUGACAGUGAAUAGAACACUUCCUGUCUUCUUGUAGCGAUGACGGAAGGGAUCAAAAUCUAUUGCGAGAUCGCGUCAAGGGUCGACUGACAACUUGAUUUCAGUGGCUACUGAUAAUGUCAACGGACUGAUUCAAGUGUCCCAAUAGGAGAGAUUGAAACAAAGCUAUGUUGAAUUGCUGUUUCACCUGUCAGAUAAAUUUUCUGGGCGUUCACUUGGUAGCGUACACAAACUCAUCAUUCUUAUCAAAACAAUGACCCA